AAAUAUCAAGGUCAUAGUUUCCGCAGUGGUUAUUUUAAACAUUAGUUUCCUACUGUGGAAUUAAGGUUUCAACUCACGCUGCUGUGUUGCAUUUUUUGGACAAGGUUUAACUUCAGACUGAUAGGCAUGAAUACGUGAUCACUGACUUCGUGGCUGUUCAUUUCUGAUUCUACUGUGUCACCGGUUUAUCUGUCCUAAGACAGAAACAAUGAGCUCUUAUUCAUCAGCCCGAACGACUAAUGACGUUGAAAGUGACAUAGACUUCUCCAUAUACACUCCUAGUAGCGAGUUCGAUUUGGAUUUCACAUUCAGAGGAUUGACGAAGCCAAAUAUUUAUGAAAAAGAAGAGGACUAUAGCCGCAAGCAUUUCAACUCACCGGAGUCACUACUCGUCCUCACAGCUAAAACAAUCGCUCUGCAUUUUCCAUUCGAAGUUGUUGAGUCUAGUCCAGUCACUGUACCGGAAGAAUUACAAAGACUUAUAGCUUUUCAUAGUUUUCCUACUGAUGAAGACGAUAUAUGGUUAUAUUCUUGUCUUAGCAGUGGUGGCUCAUACGAAUUCAACCAAGGUGAAGCGUUAUGGCUAGACAGAGCUGUAAAAGAAUGUGUUCAGAUAGGAUUUCAUCUAAGUGCAACUGUCUUAACGAGUCUUCAUAUCGCACCUGCGUAUGUGCCUCCAACAAGUAACGAAGAGAAUGGUACUGUAAAUCCUAGUUCUGCAGAUUAUUUUAAUCCUUAUGUUAUCAACUUCUAUCCGAAUGAUGGACAUCGUUUACAAUCAAAUCAUGAUAAUGCUGGGGGUACCAAUGAAAAUGUUACGAAUAAUACUAAUAACAAUAAUAAUAAUAGCACUAGCAGAAUGCGAAAACGUGGAUUCAAUAUAGAGCCUGAUUAUCCUGCUCAUCGUGUUUCAUUAACUUUUGAUCGACAACGAAUAACUUCGUGUUCAUGUACGUGUACAUUUGAUUUAGAAGAAAGGUGUACAGCAGUAGCAUCACCUUCAAAUACAGGUGAAAAUAAUGUAGUCAAUUCAGGGUCAAUGGAGAAUAUUCCAUUGUCUUCAGUUAGAAAUUCUAUGAAACCAAAUUCUUUUGCCUAUAGGCCAAUGAAUACCACAGAGUCUAAUUCAGGAAUGCUAUGGCAAUUUGGGUCUAGAAAUGAAUCAGUCUUCGCAAAUUGUCAUACUAACUCACGUCAAAUGCCCGACCAACCGAAUAGUUAUCUUAUGAGAAAUAAUUUGCUGAAGAAUGCACCGAAUCAAAUUUCUCCAAAUAGUCGUCGUUCAUGGUUGUAUAAUCAACAUAUUGCUAAUCAAAAUAAUGUGCAUGGUGAUUUGAUGCCUACAAAUGGGCAAAAUCCCACCGGUACAUGGUGUUCUCAUGUUGUUGCGACAUGCUUAAUGCGUAUUCGGCAGCCUGAAAAAGUUUUAUUACGUGCCCCAAUAUCAGAGUCUCUGUCAAAAUUAAGUAGAGAAGAUUUACAGAAGUUUGCUCAAAAUUUAAUCUGUCAUGUUGGACCUAGAAAGAUUUUACCAGCUGCACAACGCAUACUCGACCAGUUAUUAACAGGUACAAAUAAUCCUAUUAAGAAUUCUGCUGGAGCACCUGACCCAACUCUUGGUGGUGCAUUAGGUGAUGCUGCAGCAUGGUGUUUCGAUGGUGGUGUAUUAGAAGAAAAGUUAAGAGUUACCCUGCGUAGAUUUUGGGCUCCAAGACCUGUACUCUACAGUGAUAUUGGAUCAUUGAGUUUUAAUUUACCCGCAGAGAUGGAGAAUUUCCGUUGUAUACUUCAGUCACGUCGAUCUAGUGAACCACGUGGGCUAUGGGAUUUAUUAUCAUUUAUUGGAAAUAUGAUGAAACGACAAGAUAAUAAUGCUGUUUUACUUCUAGAAAUUGUUACACGCUGUAUUUUAGACAUGAUUGAGGUCAUGUUUUGGUGGUGUACUGUUCAAACUAACCCGUGUCAUUUUCCUGAAACUUUAUCUGUUCGUCAAAAACAAACCCAAUGUGGUGCUUUAUGGUUAUGCGAAGAAAUUGUUCAACUUUGGAGAUUGGCUUGUUUAAAUCCUGAACUUCGACCAAUUUUAAGCCAUGCUAAUAAUAAACCUUUAUCCCCUUCACCAUCCUCCUCCUCCUCGUCAUUUGGACAUGGUUUAUUUUCUAGCUCGAAUUGUAAAUCGUAUUCAGGUAAUAGUUGGCUAUUACAACAGAUUGCCCAUAGACUACAAGCAUUUCAUGUAUUCGCUUUAACACAAGCUGAUUAUCAGUUGAAUUCUACAACAUCUGGUGAUAAAAAUGUAGUGACAAUGUUUUGGUGUAAUACACUAGGUGGUUCUUUAUUUCCCAAUGAUAUUUUGCCUGAUCAAGAUAGUUCAGAUUAUAUCCCGAAAAAUGUUUCCUUAUUUAGUGGAUUUAUGCCAGCUCUUUCAGCUUGCAGACUUUCUUGGUCAUCAGAAGUUCCUCCAACAUAUGGUCUUUGUGCCACAGAAUUUUUCAAGUUUAUGCCAUCGUUUUAUGGAGCACAUGUUACUAGCGAUUCUGAAAUCACGGAUUAUGCAAAUGUUAUCUUAACAUUUUCAAGAAAUUACUUUGAUUCAAUGAAACACUAUUCUCCGAUUGAAUUGGACAACUAUUGGAAUAUGGAUCAGAUAAAUUCACAAUUAUUCAAUAACCUCCCAUUACCUGCUAAUCAUAUUGAGUUCGCUUUUUCAAGAUUUCAAGCAUUCGAUGCACAUGGAUAUACUGAACAAGCUUUACAAUGGGCAAGAUAUUUAGCGCUUUUGUUAUUAUAUACAAGUAAUGAAUUUAUUAAUGAAUGUGAACAAAUAUCAUUUGAAAUUGUUGGCAGAAUUAAAUAUCAAACUGUGUCUCAAAGUAAUUCAGUACAUUCAUCAAAUCGAAAUAGUAAUAAUAAUAAUAAUAUUAAUUCACAAAUGGGUGAACCAAGCAGUCAUAUGCAUGAAUCAUAUCCUAAUAACAACUUCCAGUCAAAUAACCAACAGAAGUCAACAUCAACAAAUUCAUUGAUUGCUGGGUCUAGCGGUGCUGCUGGGGGUAGUGGUGGCAUACCCGUGGGAAAUAGUUCAAAUACACGAAAAAAUGCACGAAAUUCACGUUCUAAAAAGGUUACCACUUUUUUAAAUAAUGUGAACAGUAAUCGUGAAACUACAGAAAAAUAUGCCAGUUCAAUUAAACUGCAUCCAUUAUAUAAUAACUUAUCAAUUGAAUAUACUGCAAAGGCUAUUCGUUGGUUGGAUCAAAUUCGCUGUGUCAUGGAAUGUCUUUCUCGUUCACACGAUGAAUUUGUCUCUAAUACACCUAGUUCUUCAAUCAAUGGAAAUACUUUUAAUAUUAAACAAACUCUACGUGGACUUUAUACAAAACCGACACGUUUUGAAACUCCAAGCAGUAUUAAUUAUAAUAACCUGAGAGCAACUGCUACUGCUGCUAAUAAUACUGAUAAUAGUAAUAACCAUAAUAAUGAUAAUAACGAAGCUUAUACCAACAGUAAUACUAAUGGUUGCAAUACUAACAGCACUAAUGAUCACAAUCGUCAAACAGAGGACAGAAAUGCCUACUUCAUUAAAUCUUUCGAUACAUGGAAGUGUAUUGAUAUUGAAUUAGCAUUCCGUUUAGGAUUUUGUGCUUUAAAAUUUCCUAGACCACCGUGUUGCAGUCCUUUAUUAGAGGUGGAAUUAUUCGAUAUGGAAGUUGGCUUACUGAAUCGUUUGUGUCUACUGCCAAUUCAUAUUGCUUGUCCGAAUGUUAUAUCAAGUAUACGUAAUGAAGCGAAACAAGUAAUAUCUGGAUUAACAUUACAUCAAAAAGAUAUUCUAGUUCCAUUUAACCUGGUCACCUACUUAUUUCAUCAAUUAGUUGGUGUAUCAAGUUCAUAUAGAAAUCCCUUAUGUCCACGGGUGGUUAAUCUUAUCCUCUCUUUGGAUCAGAGUACAGAAAAUGUUACACAGAAUAUGAAUUCAACCGGCCUACUAAAUAUAUUGGCUUGUCCAAUUUUAACAACUGGUGCUGUAUUAAAUGGAAGUGGUUUACCAUUAGCAAUGGAAAUUUAUAAUUUACACAAUGAUAUGAGAAAUAAUUCACUGGAAAUUAAAAAAACAGAUUAUAAUAUUAAUGUGCGUAUUACAUCAGAUGCAGAACUAGGCCUACAAUCUGUGAUAUCAGUAUUGGGUGUAAAAUCUCGUGUACCGGAGAAAUUGUUCACCUAUUUUAUUGAAGGUCAACGUGCACAAGAAGACGCUUUAGCUCUCUAUCUCUUUCAUAUAUAUCGAGAUGAUAUACCGAAAUUGGAUCGAAUACUUGCCAGACUACUUGAUCGUUAUUACAAUCCGCAUUUUAAGUCACCACCUUUAUGGGCUUGUUUAAACUUGGAUUCUCGUGAAUUAAUGAAUUUUCAGUCGUCUAAUGUAGGUUAUAAUUCAGUUCCUGAACUGGCGGAGAUCAUUAAACAUGAGAAUAAAUCUUUUGCGUCACAAAAUUCAGCUAUUUCUGUUGCUGCUACUGCUUCUAAUCCUCCGAAUACCAUCAGCACUACAACCACUAUUAAUUCAGUCAAGUUGAACAGUUUAUCAACGAUAAGUCCCGUAACGAAUCCUGCGAUGUCUUCAAUGUCAAAUCCAACUUUUCAAAGUUUAAAUCAGUUAACGGAGGUUGAAACAGUUGUGUAUAGUAGUAGUAGCAAUGAUAAUAAUAAUAAUAAUGAUAAAAUUUCACCAGUAACUGAAAUAAAUUGUAAAGAAGGUGAUGAUAUCAACACUGGUGUAGAUGAAGUUACUCCACGUAUUCCCGAAGAUAAAUAUGCAUAUUCAGAUAUGCCUGAUACAUCGCCAGUUUCAGAUGGGGAUAACUCAUCUAAUAAGAUGAAACAGUAUGCAUCUGUUAAUAAUAUACCAUUAUCAUCGUUUGAUCCAGUCUCGGUCAGUGAAGACACGGAUACAUUAUCUGAUUCAAAGCUGGAUAACUUACGAUAUGCAGCUUUAUGCGAUCCACGUAGAAGAAUGUGUCAUUUCUCUGCAGUUGAUACUAGUGCACCAGAAACAACAAGUAGUGAUAAUUCACCUGAUGCAAUACGUCGAUUAAUUCUAGUUGGUCAAAAAUCGUCAGCUGCGUAUACAACUGAAAGUAGUGAUGGUGGAUGUGGAGAUAUUGCUGAACGUUAUAAACAAAUGUCUAUAAAUGAUUACACCUCGAAUUCAGUUUCUUUGUCUACAACAGCAACUUUGAUAGAAAGUAAAAAUUAUAAUAAACAUGAGAAUGAUAAACAAAUUUCAAUGGGCCAGAGUGGUAAAAUACAAUCGUCACGAUCACCUCCUUCUCCCUCUUCCUCCUCCACUGAUGUUGAUGAUGAUGGUGGUAAUGAAUGUAUUUCAACACAGAUUGCUAUUACGAAACAGUUAAUUAAUAAUGAUAGCAAUACUAAACCUUGUCAGGCAAAUUAUUUUCAAGAUGUAUCGGAUGACGUCAAUAUUCCUUCAGGUUCACAUAGUGAAAUUAAAAGUAAUACAAAGCGUAAUACCAAUUCAUGUAGAGAUUCAGAAUCCUAUCCUUUACCUCUUCGAAAUUUAUCGGCAACCACUGGUCCAUUUCGUUUACGUAUUGGCUGGCAUUGUCAUCUCAGACGCCCACCACCACAACCUUUAUCCGAUUCAAUGGCAUUUCAUGUCUUCCAACUGGCUAAAAAAAUUCGAGAAGGUGCUUGUGGACCAAGUGGUAAUGGAUCGAUGUUUGUAGCUGAGCCCGAAGCAAAUGACACUGUGCAUCGUAAUCUUCAAUUGGUUUCUUUCCAGUUGGGACUUUAUGGUUUGGGACUUUUCAAUGGUCUUCUGCCUUCAUGGCAAAAUCGUACAUUUUCAAGAAAUGGUGGAUGGAUUAGUCAACAAGUAUUUGAAAUCGGUAUACCGGCUGCUUGUAUUUUAUAUCAUUCUUGGCAACAACAUCUUACAGCUUCAGAGCUUGCUGCUAUUUCAUUCCAGUUAUCAAGAGAAAAUAAUCGUUCGCUUGUUGAUAUCGCUGCAGAACUUUGUCUUGCAAGUCUAUCACUAUGUAAUGUAUUGAGACCACAAGAAUUAUAUCGAGCAUUAGAACAAUGCGGUGAACAUUCAAGUCUUACACUUGAACGUGGUCUUUUAUGCACUGAAAAAAGUGUACAUCAAUCCUCCCAUGGUACUCUACCAGAAAUCUACUUCUUUUUAGCAAGAAGUUGGUUCUCUUUAUAUCAUUCUGUUACAAAAGAACAUGAACAAGCAUUGAAUUCACUAGAUAAUAUGAAUUUAAAUCAACAAUCAUUAUCAAAGAAUGUAAGUGAAGGUAAUUCUACACUAACUAAUACACCUCCACUUUCUUGUACUACUACAAUUACUACUAAUAAUAAUACUAAUACCGCUGCUGGUGCUGCUACAAUCACAGGAAAUUCUACUUGCAACACACUUUUAUCUGAAGGUAAUGUUCCACUGAGUAAUUCAGCUAUCCCUGUUCGUGAAAUAAAUAAUAAUACUGAUAAUAGUAAUAAUAUUAAUACUAAUAAUACAUCCGGUGUACCACCAUUAUGUGGUUCAACUGAUAUGGGUAGUGCGGGUAAUAGCAACUCAUUAAACAGUGAUUUAACCAAUGCAUGGAAUUAUUAUCAACCAGUUAACUUAUUUCAACCACCAAUUUUACGACCAGAUCAUCACCAUCAACAACGACAACAACAACCAUUUAUGUAUCCACCCUCAGUAUAUCCUAUCCAUCCAAACUAUUCCAACUUCUCACUUCGGCAACAGCCCCAACAACAACAACAACAGCAACAACCACAGUUCCCUCCUUUUCCGUACUAUCUAAACAUGUUUAACUUACAGCAAACACAACCACCAUCUCAACCACAAACACAACAACAACCACAGCAAACGAACAACUUAUUAAAUGUGAAUAAUUCACAGCCACAAUUGCAAUCUACACAUCAUGUACCGUGUUAUUUACCUCAAACACAAUUAGUAUCAUCAGUACAACCGAAUACAUCGUAUCCUUUUGGAAUACCGUCUAUACCUCAGGCAACACCGUUGGGUAAAAGUCUGGCAUCUGUACCUGUACAGAAACUACCAAGUAAUUAUUUCCUUCACCCGCAGUUUAUUCCAAACGCUAACCAUCCGACAUCACCAUCAUCUCAAUCGGCAAAUUUAAUUCAAAGCAGUCCAUUCGUUACUAUUGCACAUCAAAUUAAUCCUUCUAGUUCACUAUCUCCUACGAUUUCAAAUAACAUUUUACCAUGCAAUUCAUAUCAAACAUAUCCAACUGACCAAGUAAUUGAUCCAUCAGUAUACGCUUUCAAUCCUACAAUGGUUAUCCCAAAUAUUCAUCCAUCAUUGGUUUGUAAUGUUUUAAGUAACCCACCUCAGCAACAACAUCAACAGUCUGUGGAGUCUAUCACAUCUUCAUCAGCUUCCUCUAUAAACACUUACAACAACAAUGGUUGUAUUAAUACAUUAAAUCUUAAUGCAAUAACUGAUGCUACAGUGAUAUCAGGUAGCUCACUUUCAUCAGUCAUUUCAUCGACACUGACAUCAACAUGUCAAUUGACUACAUCGAGUACUGCGUCCAGUUCAGUUGUAGUACAUCCAUCAAUGUCUGAUCAAGGCUCUAUUUUAUCCGAAGGGGAUUCAUGUCGUUUAACUGAAUCAAUAGCUGAUGGAUUAGGUGAUGAUAACAAUCCUAAUUCGAAUAACAGUAAUGGUUCUAAUGAAGCAUCUUUAAAUAACAAAGAAAAAUUAUCUAAUACAUCAGUAAAAUCUACACUAAGUGAAUUACAAGCGUUGGAAGUGAAAUCACAAACAUAUUUGGUUAAGGCAUUCUUUUGUGCAAAAUGUGCUAUUAAGAAAAUGGCAGUUAAUCAAUCUGGCACCAGUUCGAAUUUCAAUCGUCAAAAUAAUACUAUUGUUGUUUCAAUGCCAUCAAAGAAUAUGCGUGGAAAACACUACUAUCAUAUGCAACAAAAUCAUCGUGGUAAUCUAACGCAUCAUUUUCAACGACGUUAUGCAACGCAACAUGAUGCUCCGUCUUCUUCUUCUCAUAACAACAAUAAUGCUAAUAAUCAUAAUCAUAAUAGUAAUAACAAUGGUGUAUCAGUAGCAAACAACAAUAUUCGUAGUAAUCUAAUCAAUGAUGAAGUUAAUUCAACUAAUUGUUUGACAUCAGAGAAUUCAUCAUCAUGGUAUUUUAUGCCUAGUGUGUCUUCAUCGUGUGGAUCGAAUCAAAUCAAAGUACCAUCAAGUGUUAGUGCAUAUUUUAAUCUGACUAAUUCGACCACUUCAAAAUCGUGUGAUUCACAUAUCCUAUGGACUUUAGAUGUAGCCAGUAGUCUAGGUCCUAUGGCUGUGAAUGAAUACUGCAAUUUAGUUUUACAGUGUGUCACCUGUCCAUUGUUAAUGGAACAAAUAACCGCUAGAGUCAUUGACUAUUAUGAGAAACGUAUGAAGGAGAACACAUCUACUACUACGGGUACAGUUUGUGGUGGUCCCAGUGUUGUUGGUAAUAGUUGUGUCAAUAAUGCUUCUAUCACGAAUCCAUCAUUUGACCAACAUAAUUAUUUUGGUAUUCAGUCAUCCAACGAUGUUAUUUCUGAGACUGCUGAUAAAAAUAUUAACUUUUGUCCAAACACAUCUCGAAAUUUCGCCGAUCAUUCUCAUAUGCCCAAUCAGUUGUGGACCACACUGCCGUCUAUGACUACAUCUAACUGGCCAAUAAAUACAAAUGUUCAGAAUCCACAGGAUUUUAUUCCAAUUAUCCCUGUACCUUAUUCUCAUUCAGAUCCAAACAAUAUGGCUUCCUCAUUUAACUAUCACUCAUUCUUACCACCUUCAAUUCACCCGUCAAAUAUACCGUGGUCACAUCCUACUGGACCUAUGAAUUACCCUGUAUUACAACAAAAUUUAUAUUCAAAUCAGUUACAAGAAAAUAUUUGUCAAUUUCAACAAAUGAAUUUAAAUUCUGAACUGAAUAUAAAUUCUAAUUCUUAUAUUAAUUCUAACAAACCAACUAAUUUAGGGCAUCCAUUAAACCGACCACCUUAUCAAACGCCAAUACAAUGGCAAAUGAAUGCGCAACCGUACAUUCGUCCUUUCCUUCAAACUUAUGCAUACAUGAAUUCAGUUACACCACCGGCUGCAACCACUUCAUCUCAUACUACUAAUUACACUGGGACUGAUGAACAAACAAAGUCAAAUGCAAAUGAAUUUACUGGUAGAGAUGUUGUAGAGAAUUUAAUCAAUCAAACGCAUACUUUAUUUCAAAAGUACAUUGGUCAAAGACUUCAGUUUAUUGGACAAAGUCAAGCUGAAUGGGAUGAAUUCGUUGAUCUUGUUUUAAAAGCAUAUAAUGUUCAUUUAAGUAUGCCAGCUAUUGAUUGUGGAUUACAUUGGAAUAAUUUACUCACUCGUAUUCGUCGUCAUCCAAAGUGUAGUCCAGCUUUAUGGCAGCGUAUACUUGCUGGUAUACAAACAGCUGAUUUGAAGAGAUCGGCAUAGACUCUUCUUCCUUCUUUUUUUCUUGUUGUUGUUGUGUUUAUUGCUCCAUUCCCUUAUCCCCAUCGAUUUCUUUUUCUGUCUAUAGCCUUUUUUUCUCUUACGAUUAUUGUUGUUGUCAUUGUCUUCGUCGUUAUCGUUUUCGUAUUAAUUACUUUUACUAACUUAUAUAUACAAUUUAUUCGUCUAUUUGUCUCACCUAUGUACUUAUCCUUUUUGAAUACAACUAACUUGCCAUAUUUUCCAAUUUAUGGGCUAUAUUUACACUUUUUCUUGUCUAAAUCAACGUUUCUUUCUCCUUUCUUGCAUCUUCAGCCCUACUUUUUCCUCUUAUUUUUACUCUACCUUUACUUUCAUAUAUUCGUUAUGCGUUUGCUAAACAUGUUACUUAUUUGUGUAAAAAGCAAUACAUUGAAAAGAGUUAUCAGAAAAAAGAAACUAUCAAACUAUGAUAGUGUUGUAAAACAAUGGCCUUCUCGUCUGUCUGACGCAUACACACACACACAUGAUCAUUCCCAAUUUCCUCAUUGUCAUCACCAUACUACCACCACUAAAAGUGCUCAAUCGUAUAUUCUCUUUUAAGCAUUAUCUGUUUUGAUAGUCGUUGUAGUUUUUAAAAUAGUUAACGGUUGUUAGUGAAAUAUACCUUUUUUUAAAAAGAAAAAACGGAAGAAAAUCAUGACUUUCUUGUGUUUUUCUUUCUCUUCUUCUUCUUCCAAUGGUGGUCAUCAUCGUAUUUCUGUCAUAUUAUGUAUGUGUGGAGUUAUGUGUACAAUUCGAUGUAUCUCUGAUCAUCUCAUAUGUGUAUUUUAAGUAUUGUUGUAUUCCUUCUUAAUUAUGUAUUUUUUCUGUUGUUGAUGUUGUUGUAUAUGUAAGCAUGUGUAUUUUUGUCCACUACUAGUGCUAAAAUAACUCCAUUGAUCAUUAUAACUCUCAUCUUUACCACUGUCAUCACUUAUAUAUAUAUAUAUAUAUAUAU